AUGACAGACGACUAUGAGAACCAAACGGUUGGUCAAUACAUCAGAAGUCGUAUUCCUUCACUCUUCCAAUUACCAAACACUUCAUUGAAAACUCUGAAUCCAAUCCCAGCUUUCAGAGCAAUGUCAAGAUCUGAUUGGAACUUCUUUAUGAUGGGUUAUAUGGCAUGGACCAUCGAUGCUUUUGAUUUUUUUUGUGUCUCUUCUGCUGCUUCAGCUAUCGCUACUUCUUUAAAAGUUUCAAUCACUGAUAUAACAUGGGGUAUUACACUUGUUUUAAUGUUCAGAUCAUUGGGUGCCGUUAUUUUCGGUUUCAUUUCUGAUACUUAUGGAAGAAAACCUGCAUAUUUAAUGUGUGCUGGAUUAUUUGUUGUUAUCGAAAUUGGAACAGGGUUUGUUAAAACGUAUGCUCAGUUUUUAGGUGUACGGGCAGUAUUUGGUUUGGCAAUGGGAGGAAUGUAUGGUUCAGCAUCUGCCACGGCUCUUGAAGGUGCUCCAGCUAUUUCUAGAUCAGUUUUAAGUGGAAUUUUCCUUCCAGGUUACAAUUUGGGGUAUAUCUUUGCCAUUGUCUUUUUCCGUGCAUUUGAAUUCACUACACAUGGCUGGAGAGCAUUGUUUUGGUUUAGUGCUGCUCCACCUGCAAUCUUAUUUGUUUGGAGAUUAUGUUUCCCUGAAUCACAAUUUUUCAUUGAACAUAAAAGAUUGAAAAAGGAACAAGCCAUGCAAGAAGGUAAUCAUGAAAGAGCUGAUUCUGCUUUCAAGCAAUUUCUUCAUGAUUUGAAAAUGGCCAUGAAAAAGCAUUGGUUAUUAUUUGUUUUCUUAAUCUUUUUAAUGAGUGGUAUGAAUUUUAGUUCUCAUGGUUCUCAAGAUUUGUUCCCAACAAUGUUGACAAAGCAAAUUGGAUUGAGUGCUGAUCAAAGAACUGUUACUAUGGUUGUUGUUAAUUUGGGUGCUAUGUGCGGAGGUUUAAUCAUGGGUCAAGUUUCUGAAAUAACUGGUAGAAGAUUAGCAUUGGUUAUUUGUUGUGUUAUAGCUGGUGCUUUGAUCUAUCCAACUUUUUUCGCAAAAUCUCAAUCUCAAAUCAUGGCUUCAGGGUUCUUCAUGCAAGCGUGUAUUAUGGGUUCAUGGGGGAUUUUACCAAUCCAUUUGAUUGAAUUGUCACCUCCAGAAUUUAGAUCUCUUUUCGGUGGGUUGGCUUAUCAAUUGGGUAAUUUGGUUUCAAGUGCUUCUUCAACUAUUGAAGCUGAUGCAACAGAAAAAUUCCCAUUACCUGAAAUCGGACCUGGUGUUCACGAUUAUGGUAAAGUCAUGGCUCUAUUUAUGACUGGUGUUUUGAUUUUCUUAUUGAUUUGUGUUCUUGUUGGUCCUGAAAGAUUCCAUAGAGACUUGUCUGCUGGUGCUGAAGAUCGUGCUAAAGAAAAUGCUGAAGAAUAUGAACAACAAACAUUUGACAGUUCUGAUGAACGUAAUAUUAGCACUUCAAUGCUUGAGAUUGAUCAAGAGAAACCAACAGCUCAUCAUAGAGAACAUCAUGGCCAAUAUUAUAAGGGUAAUGAUGUUUGA